CAAAAAGAAACUGUGUAAUCAGGGAAGCCCAAGAAUAAGCUUUCAGACCAGCUAUUUUCUAGUCUAUUUCAAGCUCAAUUUUUCUUUUUUUUUUUUUUCAGAAAAAAGGACUGUUCUCUGAUGAUUUUCUGCACUGCCACAUACUUACUCAUUAAAACUCCGCCCCCAAUUCAGAAGAAACUGUGCAUUUCCUACUUUUAUGCUGUAUGUUUGAUUUGCACAGCUCAGCUGGUCAGAGGAACUGAGACAUCUGUCCCCCUGUGAGAAUCUCUCCCGAGUCGAGCAAAAUGGAUUAUCAAACAUCAAGUCCCCUCUACGACAUUGAUUAUGGGAUGUCAGAGCCCUGCCAAAAAGUCAAUGUGAGACAAACUGCAGCCCAGCUCCUGCCCCUGCUCUACUCGCUGGUGUUCAUCUUUGGUUUUGUGGGUAACAUUCUGGUCGUCCUCAUCCUGAUCAACUGCAAAAAGCUGAAGACCAUGACUGACAUCUACCUGCUCAACUUGGCCAUCUCUGACCUCCUUUUCAUCAUCACCAUCCCGUUCUGGGCUCACUAUGCUGCAGACCAGUGGGACUUUGGAAAUAUCAUGUGCCAGUUCUUCACGGGAUUCUAUUUCAUUGGCUUUUUCUCUGGAAUCUUCUUCAUCAUCCUCUUGACAAUCGAUAGGUACCUGGCUAUCGUCCAUGCUGUGUUUGCUUUGAAAGCCAGGACAGUCACCUUUGGGGUGGUGACAAGUGGGGUCACCUGGGUGGUGGCUGUGUUCGCCUCUCUCCCAGGAAUCAUCUUUACCAAAUCCCAAAAAGAGGGUUCUCGUUAUACAUGCAGCCCUCAUUUUCCAUCCAGUCAGUAUCAUUUCUGGAAGAAUUUCCAAACUUUAAAGAUAGUCAUCUUGGGCCUGGUGCUGCCACUGCUUGUCAUGAUCGUCUGCUACUCGGGAAUCCUAAAAACCCUGCUUCGGUGUCGCAACGAGAAGAAGAGGCACAAGGCCGUGAGGCUCAUCUUUGCCGUCAUGAUUGUCUACUUUCUCUUCUGGGCUCCCUACAACAUCGUCCUUCUUCUGAGCACCUUCCAGGAAUUCUUUGGCCUGAAUAACUGCAGUGACUCUAAUAGGCUGGACCAAGCCAUGCAGGUGACAGAGACCCUAGGGAUGACACACUGCUGCAUCAACCCCAUCAUCUACGCCUUCGUCGGGGAGAAGUUCCGAAGCUAUCUCUUACAGUUCUUCCGAAAGCACGUUGCCAGAUGCUUCUGCAAAGGCUGUCCAGUCUUCCAGGGAGACGCUCCAGAGCGAGCGAGCUCCGUUUAUACACGAUCCACGGGGGAGCAGGAAAUCUCUGUUGGCUUCUGACCUGACUCAGUUUUUAUAUGCAGACUAGGGGCGGGAGCGGUUCUUUUAAAGAGGAAGUUACUGUCAUAGAGGGUCUAAGUUUCAUCCAUUUAUUUGGCAUCAGCUCUAAGUAUAUUAGAUAUUUCAAGCUCAUCAGUUCUAGAAAGCCAAAUCAAAAUAUGUGAUGAAAUAGCAACCUUCUCACCUCCCCUCCACACACAUCAAUUUAUUGGCAAACUCUCCCUUCACUGCAAAAGUUCAAU